AUGGGUUCAUCUAGCAAAAGUGAAAAGAGAAAAUACGAUGAUGGCGAGGAGUUACUGGAGAGGAAAAAGUUGAAGUUGCAAAAGAAACAAGAAAAGAAAGAGAAGAAAGACAAAAAGGAGAAGAAAGAUAAGAAGGAGAAGAAGGACAAAAAAGAGAAGAAAGACAAAAAGGAAAAGAAUAAGGAGAGUAAAGAGGCAGAAGCAAGAGACGAUUCAGGCUCUAAUGUUCAGGCUUCUUCUUCUUCUUCUACCGAAUCAACUUCUUACGGUUAUGUCCAAUCUUCAAAGGUUAAGGACGUGCCACAAUCAGAAGUCGAUAAGUUUCUCACUGAUAAUGAGGUCACCGUUGAAGACCCUCAGCACCUCCAUUAUCGUCCAAUUUUAUCAUUUGAUCAAAUCAAGCUUCAAAAAGAUGUUUCAUCAAAGCUUACCAAAUUCCCUAAACCUACGCCUAUUCAAUCUGUAUCAUGGCCAUUUUUGCUCGAUGGAAAAGAUGUUGUUGGUGUUGCUGAGACUGGGUCUGGUAAGACAUUUGCAUUUGGUGUUCCUGCAAUCAACAAUAUUAUUACUUCAAAGAAUAAGGAUUUGAGCGUAUUGUGUAUAUCGCCCACACGUGAAUUAGCAUUGCAAAUCUACGAUAACCUUGAGGACCUUACCAGGGGUACAGAUGUCUCGUGUGUUGCAAUUUAUGGUGGUGUUUCCAAGGAUGAUCAAAUCAAAAAGAUUAGAAAUGGUGCAAACGUUGUGGUUGCAACGCCAGGAAGAUUGGUUGAUUUGAUUAAUGACGGAGCUGUGGAUCUUAGCUCGAUAAAUUAUCUUGUUCUUGAUGAGGCAGAUAGAAUGUUGGAAAAGGGGUUUGAAGAGGAUAUCAAGCUCAUUAUUGGCUCUACACCUGCACAGGGUCGUCAAACCCUUAUGUUUACCGCGACUUGGCCAAAGGAAGUGCGAGAACUUGCCAACAAUUUUAUGAAUCAACCAGUUAAAGUCACGAUUGGUGAUCGUGAUGAGCUUAGUGCUAAUAAAAGAAUUACACAAAUCGUUGAGGUGCUAGAUGACAAAUUCCAAAAGGAAAAGAAACUUAUCAAUUUACUUCAGAAAUACCAAAACACUGGUAAUGGCGAUAACAAGAUUCUUGUUUUUGCAUUGUACAAGAAGGAAGCAUCACGUAUUGAGUCUCUCCUUCACCGCAACAAGUUUAAAGUUGCUGCAAUUCACGGAGACUUGUCACAACAACAACGUACUCAAGCACUUCAAUCAUUCAAGAGCGGUGAGUGUAACUUGUUGCUUGCCACUGAUGUUGCAGCACGUGGUCUUGAUAUCCCCAAUGUCAAAUAUGUGAUCAAUCUCACUUUCCCAUUGACAAUUGAGGAUUAUGUGCAUAGAAUAGGAAGAACUGGUAGGGCAGGCCAAACGGGUAUUGCACACACAUUUUUCACUGAAGAUGAAAAGCACUUGAGUGGUGCGUUAUGUAAUAUUCUUAGAGGUGCCAAUCAGCCGGUGCCAGAAGCAUUGUUGAAAUACGGAGGACAUACAAAGAAAAAGACACAUUCCGUGUAUGGUGCAUUCUACAAGGACGUCGAUAUGACAAAGACAGCAAAGAAGAUUAAGUUUGAUUAG